CACAGUUCUGGCGUCCUGUAUCUUUCUGGCGAAUGAUGGCGUCCUCGGCCGGGGGAAGGAGCGGCAGAGAAGGAACGGCCAAAGCCGUGGUGGCCGAUCAGAUUUCUCAGGCUGUGCAGUCUACCUCUAACCUCCUCCAUCUCAUGCAACAGUCUUCUCCUGCCCAGGCCCAACUCGUCAAGCUUCCCAAAAACCUUUUGGCAAAGGCCUCUACAAUCAAGAAUACAGAGCAACCUUUUCUGCUGCAGGUUUUAGGCCACAUGCCUGGGGUAAUUUCAACUCUUGAUGCUCAUAUGGAAAGUGGACUACGAAGUGUUCCGCACUUGAAGACUGUUGUUCAGUUACUUGCAAACAUGGAAAGCUGUCAGCUUAGUCCUCUCUCUCAAGCUCAUCCUCCCCAGAAGGAGCGUGAGCCGGCAAACCAACCUUAAGGUAUGGAACAAUGGUGAAAGUGCUGCAGGCUUUGUGGCCGUCUUAUUGGGAGCCUCACCCUUAAUCAUCCAAAUAUUUUUGGAAGAUUUGGAAGUUACACUUCGAUUAUUAUGCACUAGCUAAUCAGCUAUGUUCCAUCUUAAGGUCUUCCUGCAACUCACAACUUGGGGAAAAAUGUCCUAGUUUCCGAAGUUUAUGGUAUACUCGUGCUCAACUGAAGAAGCUUUGUUUUUUUUUUGGGCAAAGCUCAACUGAAGAAGCUGCCACUUCCGUUCUGUUGUAUCAAAAAUAAAUAAAUAAAGAAGAAGCUGCCAGAUGCUAUAACCACUGUGUCCCCUAAUUACGUGUUGUAGAUCAUGUCCGGAAAACUUGUGUCAUUGUUAGGCUGCUGAGAGAUACAAGUGCAUGUGUACGUACAUACGGACAUAUAUGUGUAUUCAGCUUUCAUUUAUAUUAUAAAUAAUUUGAUGUCGCAAGCUUCGCUCU